AUGAACAUACUUAACAGAUUCGGCUUGGGAACCAGCAGACAAACCAACAUGGAUCCUUCUCCGAUCGCACAGGGUCCUGAUGACGACGCUCCGGCGCCGGGAAACUUAUUUGCUCAAUUCGGCGCCGGUUGCUUCUGGAGCGUCGAAUUAGCGUACCAGAGGGUUCCGGGAGUGACUCAGACCGAAGUCGGUUACUCUCAAGGGAUCACGCACAAUCCGUCUUACGAGGAUGUCUGCUCGAGCACCUCGAAUCACGCCGAGGUUGUUCGUGUUCAGUAUGAUCCCAAAGUGUGUAGCUUUGAGUGUCUUCUUGAUUUGUUCUGGUCUAGGCAUGACCCUACCACCUUGAAUCGCCAGGGUAAUGAUGUGGGAACGCAAUACCGAUCAGGGAUAUAUUUCUACAGCCCGGAGCAAGAGAAACUAGCACGUGAAUCACUGGAGCGUCACCAGAAACAAGUGGACAGGAAGAUUGUGACAGAGAUCUUACCGGCUAAGAAGUUCUACAGAGCUGAGGAACAUCACCAGCAAUACUUGUCUAAAGGAGGGCGGUUCGGUCUCAAGCAAUCCACUGCAAAAGGCUGCAACGACCCGAUCCGCUGCUACGGUUAA